UUGAUCUCCUAGCGGUUAAAAUUGCCAACUGUAGGAACGGGCCUUCCUUCAUUCUUGUUCCUUCAGAUCUUUCCGGUUAACAACGUGUUUCGUUUGUCGACAUGGGUAAACCUCGUGGUAUUAGGACAGCUAGGAAGCAUGUAAACCACCGAAGGGACCAAAGGUGGGCUGACAAAGAUUACAAAAAAGCCCAUCUUGGUACCAGGUGGAAGGCCAACCCUUUCGGAGGUGCUUCCCACGCCAAAGGAAUCGUUUUGGAAAAAGUUGGUGUUGAAGCCAAGCAGCCCAACUCUGCCAUCAGAAAGUGCGUCAGGGUUCAGCUGAUCAAGAACGGAAAAAAGAUAACCGCCUUCGUACCGCGGGAUGGUUGCUUGAACUUCAUUGAAGAAAAUGACGAAGUUUUGGUUGCGGGUUUUGGUAGGAAGGGUCACGCCGUUGGUGAUAUCCCUGGUGUCCGUUUCAAAGUGGUCAAAGUAGCUAACGUAUCCCUGUUGGCUUUGUACAAAGAGAAGAAAGAGAGGCCAAGAUCUUAAAUUGGCUUUUUUUAUUUUAUACUAAUUAAAAACUAAAUGUACUCUAUUUAAUUAAAAGUAUUGUACAU